AUAAUUACUAUUGUCGGAUGUAGCUACUUUAAUAAUUAAUGAUACAAAGCUGCCUAAUAGCGUAUUUCAUUCUUGAAGAUCACGUGUUAUGUGGAGAUGAAGUGAAGUUCGCCAUUUUGGCGAACAACUGUCUAUACCCCGGAUUUUCAGCGUUGGUAACUCUUCUGAUUCAUUCUACUACCAUCGAAGCGGAGUCUAAUGACAUGGAACCAUGGCAACAGCUUUACGGAAGACAGUCCAGGAACUCCCUAUAUAGCAUACAGCUGAACCAAAGUAAAGUGUUUCGGCGAUAUCGAGGCUGGAGUUUCACUCUCGCUUCAGCUGAUGCUCAUAAAAGGUACGGUGUGGGAUUGUUAGCGGUACUGGACAAGACAAGACACGAUUCCCGGAUACGAUUGAAUCCAGGAGAUGGAUACAAACUUCGGGACUUUGAUUGUUUGUUGUAUAUUUCUGAUGUCGCCGAAGAUGUGAUGUCAACAUCUAGAUUAGUUUCUGGGAGAGGAAAUGCCUAUGUAGGAGAUGAUCACAUUCGCGACAAUAAUAACAACCCACCGCUACACAUGAUUGAGAACUUGUACAGAGGGCGAGAACCAAGUAUUGUUUCGUCUCCUUGGGAAGAAACCCUGCAGGGAUGCGAUCUUCAAAAUACGACCGGGGACGAUAGCCAAGGAGAUAAUAUAACCCUUGGUCGGCCUCCGUCAACUUUUUGUGCCAGCACUCCUACCACACAGUGUUACGUGAUGGAGGUUAGACGUCCAGACUGCUGUUUACAGUGGGACGAGGAUUGCGAUCACUGUGCUUACAGAAAUGCACGCCAUGAUCUCUACGGACGUCAGCUGAUCAUUCUAGCGGCUGAAGAGGAAUGUGCAGGGAUUAUGAACUUCCUCGUCCCUCUUCGUUCACAUACUAUUGAAAAAGACGAACUGAGAACGAUAGUGUUGCUUCUGCAAAAACAACCAAGUGACGUCUUCAUGGAAACAAUAGCACGUUUUCCGCAAGUAUUCUGGAUUGAAGGAAGCAUUACAAGUGUUGAUGAUCUUAUAAAGUCAGGGAUUCAUAAAGCGACCCACUUAGUCGUGGCUAACAUACAAUCCUCCUUGAUUACUGACUCGGAUACUCUGUUUGCUGUCCGGAAAAUUCAAAGGCUGUUUCCAAACACGAAUGUUAUAACGGAACUGAAUCAUGCUUCCAACAUCCGGUUCCUUCAUAACAAUGUACCGGAGACAAUAAAUAUUCCAGUUGCAAUACUAGAAAAGACACUUAAAGAAAAGAUGAGUUCUACACUACCGCACCUGUUCCGCCAGCAUUUCGCCGCUGGGAAGGUGUUUAGUACUUCAAUGCUCGACAAUCUCAUGUAUCAGACGUUUGUGAAACACUAUCUGAUCAUGUUUGUGCGACGGUUGGCUGGGAUUGAGACUGAAAACAACACAGGAUAUCUCUCAAGUAUUCGAGUGGACGGCGUGACAUCCUCGACAUACACGACAUAUGGUGAAUUGUAUUACAGCCUGACUUCAACAUCAGGGAAAGUUCCUUUGGCUAUCUAUAGAACGAGGAAUUCUAAGACAAAAACGGACCAAAAUGCAUCCAAACAAAUUCCGGAGCAGAAAAGCUCUCAUCAGUUCGAAGACACGCAAGACCAUGUGUGUGGUAGACUGAAGAGUUUAGGCAUGGACUCCGAUGCAUAUAUUUCCGGUUUGAACCAAGAACAAAGCGAGAAUAUACCAUAUGUUGUCCUGAACCCGACUUCUGACACCAAAUUGAUUGACGGAGAUAUUGUGUAUGUUCUACAGCCUGCCAGCUUCCUGGGUCAUCCUCGUCAAGCAAUGAGUACUGAAGUCAUGGGGGCACAAAUGGGUCAAGAGGUUCAUGUGUGAAAUUCUAUCGUUACAGCCAAAAACACGUUUACAACAUGUGGAUAUAUAUUAAGCAUGAUCGUCCCAAAAGCCUGUUUUCCUUGCCUUUAUAUAUAUAUUUGUCUGCUGUGACGGUUAUGCCAACCAUCCUUUCUGCUAAUAGAGGAUUCACAAUAAAUUGUAUUGAUUACUACUCCGCCAUGUGUAUCUGUAAAUUAAAGGAGCGGGAAUGUAUGCCUCAGUUGUGACAUUUUCCAAAAACAAUAUAAAUACAUGAUGGAGUAACUAAUGAAAAAAAUCAAUAAAUAUAUAUAGAUAAAUUACUCAGUUACUAUACUUUUGCAUAUCUCUUCUUAUUGUGUCAAAUUAUUGUGUCUCAAUUUGAAAAGUUAUCAAUUUGCACAUGUUAAAUGGGAAGAAUUCCUAAAAGUGUAUCUAUUUAUGUCAGUGCUACUAAUCUCUUCUUAUCUGUCUAUGUGUGUGUGUGUGUGUGUGUGUGUGUGUGUGUGUGUGUGUGCGUCUCUCUCUCUCUCUCUCUCUCUCUCUCUCUCUCUCUCUCUCUCUCUGUGUUUGUGUCUCUCUGUGUGUCUCUCUAGGCAUAUUUGCAUAAAAGCAGCAAAUCUAAUUUAGCAAACGUGAUAUUACAGAGUGUAAAAGAUGAACAAAGCGGUCAGAAAAUGCUGUACAAAAUGUCAUAAUUUAGGCCGAUAUUAACAACGUUGUCAUGAACACGCCAUGUACUGGUCUGGUUGGUCAGCUUUGUAUUAUAUAUAAUUACCUUAUAUCGAAAUGAACUGUAAUGAGUUGAAAUAAUUAAAUAAUUUGAUUAUGACGUAUCAAUUUAAUAA